ACUAACAAGCUUCGUGAACAUCAACAUACAAAGUAUUUUAUGUACAAAAAAAUAUUAAACCAAUAACAAUCUGCAUUUGAACAUUGUUUGCUGACACACACAUAAAAAAGUAGUUGUAACUAUUUACAAGUAUUGUAAACGAAAUCAUGGGACGAACUGCCCGUGCAAGGCAACGCAAUAAACGUAUGCGUGUAACACAAAACGCCCCAGAAGACUCCUUAAACCCCUUAUUAUAUGAGUUGAGCAGGCUUGGGUGGCACAAUCCCAGCCGGUUAACGGCACGAGAUUUUCCAUUAACGGGUCGCGGUGUUUGUUCCAAAAACCAAAAAUUCUCUACGGGCGAUACACUUAUAAAUCUACCUCUGAAAUGUUUGGUAACAAUAUCGACACUUGAAGAAGCCGCACAUUUUAAAUCACAAUUUGAUGUAACCAAAUUCCACAAAGAUUGCAAAAUAUCUUUUCAAUCAUUAUUAGCACUAAAUAUACUACAUGAGAAACACCUCGAGGAAGCUUCACAUAUAAGUGCUUACAUAAAUACCAUACCCAAACAAUUUAGCGCACCUUAUUUUUGCCCGAUUGCUGAGCUGCAACGUUUGCCUGUGGAAAUUUUGGAGAAAACAGUUGAACAACAUCGUCUUAUUCGUGAAAAUUACACCAACUUAAAGAGUGUUUUUCAUAGAAACGAAUGUAGUUAUUGCGGUCAGCUGUACUUUGAUGAAAUCUAUACGCUGGACGCAUUCAAGUGGGCUUAUUUUGCUGUCAACACACGUAGUGUUUAUGUAUUUAGUCGCCAAUUCAAACCAGACAAAUGCUUCUUUCAACCGCUACUCAGUGACGAACCAAAUAUGGCGUUAGCGCCAUUUCUUGACCUCUUCAAUCAUUCAGCUGAAGUUACUACAAGUGCCGACCUCCUACCAUCAGGGCCGAAAAAGCAAUUGGAAUACGUUCUGACAUUAGAGAGCAACACUUCUGCAAUUUCACCGCGUUCACAACUAUUUAUAAGUUAUGGCGCCUUAUCGAAUUUUAAACUAUUCACCGAAUACGGGUUUUUUAUAACCCAAAAUAGACACGAUUAUUUUAGUUUUUCGCUAACCGAUGUUGAGGAUUUCCUGAAGCACGAUAAAACGUACAGCAAUUUAAUUUUGCAUCGCAAUAAAUUCGCCUUUAUACGCCAGCACAAUUUGCACGACGAAAUGUUUGUGCACUUAGAUGAUGGUGCGUCGCACAAUUUAUGUGUUGUACUGCAUUUGCUUGUACAUGAGCAGAGCAUAUACCCGAAUGUGCUUAAUCAAGUGGCUUUUGGCGCAGCUGAGCGUUUGGCUAAUGUUGAGAAUGAAGUGCGAUCACUUGUGUCUUAUAAAAUAAACACUUAUAGAACAUUUUUGGUUGAUUUCGAAAAACUCACCAUACUGAGCGAAAGCGGAAAGGUUGCAAAAAGCUAUAUGGAAGAGUGCAUACGGUACCUUGAAGAAUAUUUAGAUAGUAUAUGAAGUAGACUAGAAAUUAAGAUUGAAAGUAAUACACCCUGUAUAUUGUUUUUAAAUAAACUUAUUUUUAUUAUUGCAA